AUGCGGGACCCCAAGGACUUCAAGAUGUUCAACGGCAAGGACCUCGACCCGCACAACAAGCAGCACUGGCCCGGCGUGCUCAAGAUCUUCAGCAAGAAGACUGCUGACGAGCUGAAGCGGCGGAUUGACGCCGGCGAGACUCACCUCAAUGCCACCUUUGCCGUCGUGAGCGUCUUCAGCACGUACCUUUCCUCGUGGCUCGAUCGCGGGCGCGAGCCGCUGGACGUCAUCGAGGACGCCGCCUUGGUGCUGGGCUUUGUGCUGCACUGGCGCCGGCACGUGACCUCCACCCGAGGCCUCACUCUCGAGGCCAACUUUCUGACCCGCGAGACCUUCCUUGACAUUGUGACGUCGUGCCAUGGCUGCAUUUUGCGAUUCAUUCAGUUCCGUGACAACUUUGGUGGCCGGUUCAAGCCGGACGGGCCGCGCUUCACGUCGGCCUUCUCUGAGUACUUCUUCCAGUACGGGCGGAUGGCGCAGACAAACUCCCCGGUGGUGUCGGUGAUGGGCUGGGCGCGGCAUCUCGAUCACUAUCUGUACCAACAGCAUCUGGAGGCUGCUCAGCCGGGGUUGAAGAUCCCGGCCUCGUGCCGCGGCAUCCCGCACUCGAUUGAGCGGAUCAAGAUCGACACCCCGCCGCCAGGCUGGUUCCCUACGAACCCUCAGAUGAUUGCCGCCCUCGACAGGGGCCUAGCUCGUGCGAUUGAGCUCCUUCAAUCCUGUGGAGUCCGCGCCAACCUCUGUGCGCGGACCGGCUUCUUCAAGCAGCCGUGCUUGCACUUUCCUCUGGCUGACACCUAUGUCCAGGGUGGCGCGUCGCUGGAGGAGCCGGGAGAGAAGGAGGAUGAUCCAAACGGCACACCCGAUGCUGAGCCGGCCGAGCUGACCGCCAUGGGCGCACAGGAUGCUGCAGAUGCCGAGGCCGUGCUGAACCAGCUGAUGCGGAACGGGGCCAACGUGGCGCCUCCAACCGGCGGCGAGGAGGGCAGCAGCGCAGAGUUUUUUGAGGAGAUCUGUAAACUGCUGGCAGAUUUCAACGUCUCCAUCCAGGAGGAGUCAAAGGAUCGCAAGCUCCGCUUCCACGUCAAGCGGCUCAUCAAAUCCCAUCAGCAGCGGGGCGAGGAUGUGGAUGAGGAGCUCGACUUCUACAUGGAUGAUGAUGACGUUGCGGUGCUCUUCACCAUGGAGGACAGCUCCAAGGUCUUUGCCAUCGGCAACAUUGAGCAGGUGGCCGUCGCCGACGGCACGGUAGACGCGCGCCGCGCCACUGGCAGCUCCAGCGCAGAGUACCUGCGCCAGCUCUCCAUGAGUCAGCGCAGCAAUGGGGUCUUCAUCAACGACCCCAAGGGCCUCUUUUUCCUCCGGUGGUACCGUGAGGUGAAGGGUGACGGGACCCCCCCAGACGGCCCGCGCUACCAGAACAGAGCGUGCAAGUACUACAAGCUGACGAGCGACAACGAUGGGGAGGCCUUCCGCUGGACCAGCAACUACCAGAUCAUCAGCAAGGUGUACCUGAAGAAGCACUCCACCCUGCCUCUCUGCUAUUCUCUCAGUGCGGCAGACAAGAAGAUGGUGACGUCCACCAUGAAAAAGAUGCCGCUCCGCCGCGCGCGUGAGCUGCUCCUCGCGCAGCAGCCCGGGCUCGAGCAGCUGCACGCCGAGCAGCUGGCGCUGCCGCCGCCGCUGCAGGUGCUUCCCGUUCCGUUGCCCGACCGCGAGGCGAAGGAGGCCCGCCGCACCGCCAUCCUGCAGAUGGUCAUUCUGACGCUCUGUGGCAUGGCCUACCAAGCAGGCCUGGGCAUGUGCAUGCCAUUCUACGCUCAAUUCGCUCAGCAGCUUGACCUUGGCGAGGCUGCGGGCGGCUUUGUCAUCGCGGCGCCCUGUGUGGCGCGCGUAGCGCUCAAUCUCAGCAUUGGUUCGCUCGUGGACGACGUGGGACGCAAGCCGCUGCUAAUCAUCGGCAGCGCGGUGCUAUCCGUCGGCGCCUUUUGCACCGCCGCUGCCUCCUCACUCGGGGGCAUGCUCUUUGGAAGGUUGUGCGUCGGUGUGGGGGGCGCAGCUUCAGACAUUGCUGCGCAGGCCUGGCGGCUCGACAUCGUCUCUCACUGGCCGUCGUCGCGCGGAGCGCUUCUCGGCUGGAACCAGGCGCUGGUGACGCUGGCGUAUGCCGCCGGACCUGUAGUUGGAGGCCGCCUUGCGCUGCAGAGCGGGAUUCGCCAGCCCUUUUUCGUAUUUGCCUACAUUUGUGGCAUCUGUGCGCCAUUGUACGCCCUGAUGCCGACGGCGCCCUCUUCCUCCAUUCCGUCGACGAGCAGCACCGUCAAUGUCGUCUGCGGUCUGGGUGGUGCGCAGCACGGACCACUGCGCGCGGUGCUCAGCGACCCGCGGCAGCGGGGCCUGCUGCUGCUGCGCUACGCACUCGCUGCCGGCUGGGCCGCCUGGAUGACUGUGCUGCCCUCUAUAAUGGCCAGCCACUUUGGGGUGGACUCGUCUGAGAUUGGGCUGAUGCUCUCCGUGAUGACUCUGUUUGGCUUCGUGUCUUCUCCGCUGAGCGGCGCGCUGGCAGACCGGCUCGGCCAUAUCACGGUUGCCCGAGCCGGAGCCUUGGCCAGCGCGUGUGCGUUCGGCUUGCUGCCUUGCGCCGCGCUGCCGUGCUUCUUGCUCCUGCUCGCGGUGUGGGAGGCUGGCACGGCGGCGCUGGGCGCCGGCACUAGCGCCAGUGCCGCCGAGCUGACUCGACUAGAGUUGCGAGGUGCACAGAGCAGCCUGGUCGGCCAGGUGCAGGACGCCACGUUUGUGCUCGUGCCGUCGGCGCUCGGGAUGCUCCUGGCGCGGUUCGGCAGCGAGGCGGCGCUCUGUGUCAACACCGGGAUGCAGCUCUGCGCGAUUGCCGCGUCGGCGACGCUGACGAGACGCGCCGCGUUGGAAGCGAGGGACCUGAGGGACAAGCACGCGCGAGGCGUGUAG